CCUCAGUGAUACCAACAUUAUGAAUCCCGCCGCAACGCAAAAUUCUAUCAUAAUCAUUCAAUUUUUCUAAAAUUUUGUUGUUUUUAUAUUGACCAUGGCGGAUAUUUACAAGAGAUACGAGAAAUCUUUGGGUUUACUUACGACUAGGUUUGUUUCAUUGCUACAAAAAGCCAAGGAUGGAGUGUUGGAUUUGAAAGUGGCAACCGAUUUGUUAGCAGUACGGCAGAAGAGGCGUAUUUACGACAUUACAAAUGUUUUGGAAGGUAUUGGUUUAAUAGAAAAGAGAAGUAAGAACAGUAUUCAAUGGAAAGGUGCUGGUCCAGAUGGAAAUGCGUCGGAAAUUGGGGAGAAAGUCACGAAAUUGAGGAAGCAAUUAGGACGUUUGGAGGAGCAUGAGAGACUUCUUGACAAACAAAUGCAGUGGAUAGAGCAGAGUAUAAAGAAUGUAGUAGAAAACACAGACAAUGAUGAAUAUUUUUAUGUGACUGAAGGUGACAUAAGGAAAUGCUAUGAGGAGGAACAAGUUAUAGUACUAGAAGCACCGCUGGGUGCUAAACUUUCUGUAGGAAACAAACAAUCCAAUAAGGACAAUGAAGUACAAUACCUGCUCCAUGUGAAAUCCACUGAACCCGUUGGUGUAAUACUAUUGUGUGACAAUGAAAAAGAAGCACAAGCCGACGAUGAAAACAUGGCAGAUAGUGAAGUUGAGAGUUACACAAACAAGAGUGAGGGCUCAACAUAUGGUGAUUAUCUCCUUAGAUUGAGUCCUCCUGUCACUAAACAGGACUUUUCUUUUUCGUUACGUGGCUCGGAAGGAUUAUGUGAUCUUUUUGAUAUUCCUUUUUAAAACAGUUUUUCUACGUUUUUUGUUUAAGUGAGAGCAUUUUUAAGACAUUUUUAUGUAUUUUGUGAUGAAUCAUGUUAGACUAUGUAAAUAAAUCAUGUAAAUAACAUUGAAAAAUUUAUAAUUACAUAGACAUGGAAUGUGAUGACUGAUGAGAAAUAAAAGC